AUGCAUACUGCCUUGGAGACCGAAAGGUCGACGCCCCAACGUCCUCUGUCGACAUUGUCUGAUCAUACCACACAGAUAGAUGCCACCAGCCUUCCCAAGGGGUCUCACAACCCCUCCUCGACAUCGUUUCAAAUAGAAGCCGAAAAGGCAAGCGAUCCAGGUGUAGAGAACGCUGUACCCAACCAAGACGAAGAUGGAACAGAAUACCCAAGCAAAUUUGCCCUGUCCUUUAUUGUUGUGGCUCUUAUCCUUUCCAUCUUUCUCAUCGCCUUGGACAUGACUAUUGUUGCUACCGCAAUCCCCACCAUCACUGCCCAGUUCAAAUCGUUAGAUCAAGUGGGCUGGUACGGAUCGGCGUUUUUCCUCACUGUGGCUUCGUUCCAAUCUACAUGGGGGAAGGCGUUCAAGUAUUUCCCACUAAAGACGGUGUUUAUGCUUGCCAUAUUUGUCUUCGAAGUUGGUUCCUUGAUUUGUGCUGUCGCGAAUAACAGCACUACCUUGAUUGUUGGUCGAGCUAUAGCUGGCGCCGGCGCUUCGGGUCUUACUGGUGGUGUCUACACGAUCAUCGGGUUUUCGGUUCCACCUCAGCAACGACCCGCAUUCACAGGUAUCCUAGGAGCAACGUAUGGUGUGGCCAGUGCAAUUGGCCCACUCCUUGGUGGUGUAUUUACCGAUAAGGUAUCAUGGAGAUGGUGCUUUUACAUUAACCUCCCAGUAGGGGGCAUUAGCGCGGCCAUUAUUUUGUUUUUCUUCACGGCCCCGCCCGCUUCCAGACCGGUUAAGGCUCCCCUUCGCGAGAAGCUCUUGCAGAUGGACCUGGCUGGAACGUUCACAAUUAUGGCAGCUGUAGUCAGCUUCCUCCUGGCCAUGCAGUGGGGAGGAACCACCAAGAAGUGGUCUGACUCAACUGUUAUCGGUACACUCGUUGUUUUCGGUCUGCUGGUCAUUGUUUUUAUUGCAAAUGAAUGGUGGAUGGGCGACCGAGCACUUCUACCACCUCGACUGUUCAAGACUUGGAACAUCAGUAUCAGCUCCAUCUACAUCUUCUUCUUCGCCGGCCCAUUCUUCGUCCUGAUCUACUACCUCCCCAUAUACUUCCAGGCAAUCAAACAUACUUCGGCUUCGGACUCCGGGAUUCGGAACCUGCCUUUCGUUCUGGCAGUCAGUAUCUUCUCGACUAUCUCUGGAGGCUUAAUUGCUACCUUCGGUCACUUUAGCUACCUUAUGGUCUUUGGAUCUGUUGUUCUCACUAUUGGCUCUGGGCUAGUCUAUACCUUUGGCAUCGACACACCAGCGGGUACCUGGAUUGGAUAUCAGAUCCUUGCCGGUAUUGGAGGAGGUGUCGCCCUCCAGAUUCCAGUCAUCGUUAGCCAAGCUCUGGCGAACCCUGAAGAUCUCUCCAGUGCAACCGCAAUGAUUCUUUUUAUACAGACCAUGGGGGCCGCCAUCUGGGUAUCUGCCGCCCAAACCGCAUUCGUCAAUAAAAUCCUUAAUAGAUUGCCUCAAGUGGCACCUAAGGUGAACCCAGCUCUAGUGAUCAAAACCGGAGCCUCAGAGUUACAUAAAGUAUUCUCCGGGAAGGACCUGGAGGGAGUUCUCGUCGCAUACGGAGAUGGCUUGAAGGUCACCUUUAUUGUUUGUAUAGCACUUGCAGGAGCCUCCGUUUUUGUUUCAGCCCUCAUCAAACCGAUCAACCUAAAUAAGCUGCAGAACAAGAAUGCUGCCAUUGGACAUGCUUGA